AUGGUAUGGGGGUGCGUUUUACUGGCCGUUUUCUUUUGUCCCGUCUUUGAGCAGUUCCAUCAGGCGCCGUUGACUAUCAACGACUUUGAGAUCCUCAACGGGUAUGCAGGUAAUGUCUGCCGGCGCCGAAGUAGUGGAAAGAUCUUCUCUUUCAAGCGCGUUACUCGACAGGCGGCGUCACCGCCUCGGCAUACCGUGAUUUUGGAGGCUGUGAACAGGUUAUAUGCGCCCUUUCUUGUCAAGAUGCAUUGGAGUUUUGUCGAUAACGAUUCGUUGUAUAUAAUUCUUGAUAACGGACAUGCAGGCGAUCUGCUGACCUUCGUCUCUUCGCGAAAGCUGUUCGACCCAAAGCACAUGCAGUUUUAUGCAUGCGAACUUGUUGAAGCAUUGAGUAGCCUGGUUCCUGCUGGCAUCAUCCAUCGAGCAUUAAGGCCUGAAAAUGUGAUGAUCGAUGCUGAGGGCCAUAUCAUGCUGACAGGAUUUGACGACGCGGUAAUGCUUGGGGAGGACUCUGAUCUGACGUCACACUAUUCUUGUUUUGAGUACAGGGCUCCGGAACUCCUAUUAGGGUGGUCUCACGACUUCGCAGUAGAUUGCUGGGGAUUCGGGGCGUUGUUAUACUUUAUUUUGCUUGGACAGGUUCUUUUAUUCCUAUUUUGCUGCAUUCCGCUAACAUAUUUACGAUCUUGCAUUAGCACGCAUUCAGGAGAGAUAAAGACGCCAUUCAUACGCCCAUCGCGUUGGCUUUAUUGGCAGUUCCAGCUUGCGAUCUUAUCUCCAAGGUGGUUUUUCCUUCGUUUCAAUUUGGCCGUCUAA